CUCGCUCUGCUUGCAUGUCUUGGGGGCGCGACCAAAGUGCACAAAAAGCGGCGUGGUCUCAUUCAAGUUAAACAGAGAGUUGAACAGACGUUUUCUGUCGUACAGGUUUGUGCUACUCGAGAAGUGCUAUUCGACAAAAAGCAAGAUUUGGAAAGGAGGAAAUAUUUAGGCUACUUGCGACGUGGCAGAGUAAACGACAUUAUUUUGUUUUUAUAAUUCUAAAUGCCGCUUGUAUGUGGCACAUAACAUGCGGCGAUGAAUACGUGAAAAAAAGAAAAGUUUUUGUACGGAGAAUUUCAAACAAAGUCGGCGAUUUGAGGCUGAACGUCGUGGUUUUAAGAGAAAGUGGUUUCUGUACAUUUUUAAAGCGCGAGAGUACUGUGUAGACUCUUCGACCAGUUCAACCAAGGCACGCCGGACGCUUGCUGAAACACCGUUUGCAUGAAAGGACGUCAAGGUCUGGCAAGUGAAUGCAACUCUUUGGGAGGCUGGAUACAAGUGAAAAACAGGGAGACCAAACAAUUUCUCCGGAUAGGAAUCCCAUCCCAUACUGACUUGAGCCGACCAUGUCUCUGGGCACAUUUCACCUGAUGCAGACGUUGAAGAACUCUCCCGCCGUGAUCCGGCGCCACUUCCGCCGUGACCGCACCGAAAGCCUGUCCCACGGCGAUCCACUUUUCAAGGUGCACUACUUGGGCACCGCAAAAAUCUUCUCCUUGGACCGGGACCAGGCCCAAGAUGCCAUCAACCGUCUGCUGGAUGGUGCUCCGGGUAAGCUGAGAAAGGAGCACGCCCUGGUGGUGCGUCCACGCUACGUGGAGGUGAAGGAGAUCAGCACGGGCCGGCAACUGACCAAGACGUACCUGCAGGACAUCGCGUACUGCGCGGCGGACACGGCCCGCCCCAACGUCUUCCUGUACAUCUGCAAGCAGCACAGCCAGCAGCUGCAGUGCCGGGUGUUCUGGUGCAACCGGGCUGAGCGUGCCAAGGACAUGACCGCCUGCCUGGCUCACUCCUUCCAGCGGGCGCUCAAUGACUGGCAGGAUGGACCCUCGCCCACUCAAGGAGAGAGACCGCGGGCCAAGGGCGAAGAGCUACCAGGUGCUAACAACCCCACGUUGAGGAGCUCCACGCUGCCGGCCAGUCUUGGGAAAGUUCGCUGGCGGGCGAGGAGCUCUGCAUCCCGCAGUCCCCUUCGAGGAAUCACGAGGAGGGGCUCUGCCUCUGACAGUGGGCUCUGGCACUGAACGGGCAUCAGCCGGCCUGCUGCGAAAGACCAGCCCCAUAGUAAACAUUUUGAGGGGAACGGGACCACAGCUGAAUUACACAGGACUUUCUGAACUUCUGAUCUCUUCCAAGGCAGAGAAUGCGGCUGAAAUGUCCUAAUUUUGGGGCACGAUGGGUACUGGCCAUCGUGCAGAGGAGCAGGGCAGCCUUUGGAAACUGAUCUGAUGAAGACAGGAUUGACAAACUUCAGCUUAGACUUUUCAGCAAUCUGUGCCACACUACUGAGUGCAUUCCAAAAGUCAGACCGCAAACCCUCAUUUAUAAGAAGCAAAGUUUCUUAAGUCAGACAGCCAGAUUGUUGCAUUCCACUGAAUUUUUAUUUCAUUUUAUUUUUAAAGUAUCUUUUGUUUUUAUAAGCUUUCCACUCAGCCUUGGAAUUCACAGGGGCGUUUUUGGAAGAUGACUGAGGGCAGCAACACAUCGCAUUAGUACUUUGGAGGAGUUCAGGAGUAUUUUGAGGAAGAGGAGAGAGCAGUGAGCACGGUCAUUCUAACCAGUACACUAAAUGACUACAACUUGGGCAUUGACAUAUACUGCAGUUGAUAUUUUAGGUCACUAUUUAAAGGUGGAUAGAAUGAAAAUAGGCUGAGCUUCAUAUUGAAAAGUACUAUUUCAUGCCACACUACACUGGUCCUUAAGUAAUUAGAUUGAGUUGUCGCUAUAAAUAUUAUUGUUUUAAUUUUUUAAUCCUUCUGUUUUUGUACAGUUUACAGAGACCUAGGUUUGUUUCAUAGGUUCUUGCUUAUUUGUUAUUUAUUUAUAUGGUAUAAUUAUAUAUACACUAGGUAAAGCCAGAAUUAAGACUGAGUACCCUUGUCUACUGUGCUGGCAAUAUCUCAGUGCAGCUGUCGUUUUACAGUUUUUAAUCCUGUUUUUGUUUUUGUUUUGUUUCUUUUUGAGGCAUUGGGAAGUUAGACUACCAGACUAGACUUGUGUUCAGGAUGCGUGUGCAGCAUGACGUAAAUCUGUGUGGAAUGUGCUGUGCACCUGCGUUCCACUGAGGGUGGUUUAUAUGCCAGCUUCUUUCCCCUGCACAACCGCAUACCUUCCUGAUGUGUGGAAUAUUCAUUUGCCAAAAAUGGUCUACUCAUGCCACUUCAGGCUGAUUUCCUGGCAGUGAUGAAGCUUUGAGGCAACUUAAAUGAACUCAUUCUUCAUGUUCUGUUUGGGUAAUAUGUUAUUUUCAAGAGGGUUGAACAGUGUGGCGGUGAAACUGGAAAUCUUUUCUUUGAUGGGACCAAUCUUCAGUGUAUUACAAUCUGUUACCUAGGGGAAAUGGCUUGUAUUAAUUGCACUGUGUAGAUCUGUUGUCUUCUCAAGAGGUCACCCAAUAUGCUUGUUUUAUUUAUUGGACUGGCAAAUAUUGUGAAUAAACUAAUGCUUUUUUAAAAAA